GGGCUGGGCCCCAAGGACGAGGACGGGCUGGUCCGGGGGCUCUCGGUGCUCUGCAAUCUCGCCAACCAGCUCUACUACCCCUGCGAGCACGUCGCGUGGGCGGCUGACGCCGGCAUCAUCCGUGUUGGCUCUCAGAAGUGGUGGACGCUGAGCACGGCGCUCUGGGCCGUCUCCCUGCUCCUGGGCAUCCUGCGGUCCCUGAGAAUCUUGUUCCAGUUGAGAAGAAAGCUGAGGCAGCACAAGUGUACGUCCUCACCUCUGAGUCAGAAGGAGGUGAAAGCCCAAGUGAAGGCUGAAGUGUUGAGCAUCCUGACCGACGUGGCAGAUCUCUCCAACGCAAUCCACUGGCUGCCUCCGGGAUUUCUGUGGGCUGGACGUUUUCCUCCGUGGUUAGUAGGUCUCAUGGGGACCAUCUCUUCCCUGAUUGGUAUCUACCAAGCAUCUAAAGGAAAAAAUUCUGAAGCUGUAUAA